AGUCUUAUAGAAGAAUAAAAUUCAGCCAUUUAAAAUUAAAUUGCUUCUAAAAAGUCAUGAAUGUUUUAAUUUUAUUUUUAUUAUUGGUAUUAUUAUUUUUUUUUUGUACAAAUUUGGACAUCUUCUAUACCUAUCUAUAUAUAAAGCAAUAAGAGUAAUAGCAUACUUACAUGACCACAAAUUGUGUAGAAUACCUACAUACUGGAAUGUUGCUAUUUGACAGCACCACAUGUCGAAGGUUCCACGUCAACAGCAAUAAACACUCCGAGGCAACCUCCAAGCUCCGAAGCCAAGACCGCGUGCCUCUAAAACCGUGCUCAUCAUUUCCGAGUGAACCUCCAGCAGAGGAAGACCGACGUCUAGCGAACUGGCGACGAUGGCUGUCGGACCGCCAACGUCUCGAGCAGCGCCUAAAGCGACGACCUCAAGAUCUAGCAUUGAAUGCCCACGAGAAGGUUCGCCCACGAAAUGAGACGCGAUGUCUCUUGGAAGCUGCUGGGAAGACCGAGAUCACGAGUCAGGACCGGUACCGAGGUAAUCCGGCUUUCUGGAGGACAGCCGAGAGAUUGGGAACCGAAGAUGAGGGAGUUUAUGUGCAAAUGGACAGAGCUGCGAGGAAUAUUCCUCCAGAUCUGACGAGAGUCGCUCUACCCGAGAUGAUUAGGAGGGAAAAGAGAUUGCUGAACUCACAUCUGGAUGGGGUGGAAAUCGGUUAUUUGAAAUCAAAGUGGGAGUGCGGAGACUACUUGCGAAAGCGUACAACCGAGCUCAAGAGAGAACUGCAGUUACUCGAACCUAAAAAACCAGAAUUGGACAGUCUGGUAGUCGUGGGAAAGAAAUUUGGAUGUGGUGACCAGGAACAGACAUUCGUCAGAACUCCAGUGAUAACAAUCACUCCGCCAGAGAAACGUAAAAACCUCCUCAGCGAUCCAGACAGCAGAAUAGUCCUCAAGAUUCAAGACAGAGAGUUUGCGCUGGAAAACAGCCGCCACUUCGAGAAGCUGACGCGAGAACAGACUGAGGAGUUGCGAGAGUCUGGAAAUGUUCUCGAUGAGAAUAAGUACGCAUUCUCGGUAUAUGAUAGCGUCUACGCCUAUAGGAUCUUGCCCAAGAAAACUAAAACUAUCACCUGGAGCUUGAACUUUCAAAGCAUGGGUGACGAGUUGUGCGAGAGAAGACUCGUCCUCGAAAACAAGGGCGUGCAAACGGUUAGUCUAGACUGGCGAAACGCGACUCCUGAAUUUCUGCCGUUUUCCGUUGGCCCCAAGUUUGAAUCUCGACGUUUCUUCUUUAACAAAAACCGCGUGACGAUCUUACCCGGUCAGAAGAUCGAGAUCCCCAUCUGGUUCCGCUCUGAGAAAGCCCUCGUGGCCACGGAAACAUGGAGAAUCCUAGUUGAACCGAAGGUUUAUCCUGGAGCACUUCGCUUGCGGCUGUGGGCGACCUCUAGCGGCGAAAAACUGAGACUUCGCGAAGAAAAAGAUUCGGAAGCUUUGAGAUGUCAUAUAAGACGUCGCGUUUGCAUCUCUGCGAUUAGAGAUAUUUUGGAGGAAUUGCUACUGGCAGCAACUAGCGACAGAAUAAUAGACAGUGUACCCUACAACAUGUACUUUUUGGAGUCGGACAUAUUUCAAGCUAGAAACCCUACCUACUUCUACCAUUUCGUUCUCGUGGAAGAAUUCAAAAAGAUGUACGAGGACACUAUAUCGGAAGAAGGUUUGAAAGACUGGAACCUGUCUCUGGAGGACCUGCGUUUGAAUCUUCGAAGAAUCGAGGAUUCGAACUUGCGUCGUUCGCUGCUGAUUCGCUUUCAACAACUCUGUGAUCAGUGUCUUCGUCGAUCUUAUAUCUACGAUCGACCGGUUUGCUCAAAAGAGAAGAUGACAUAUUGGCUGCUAUGCGCUUUCUUCAACGAGUUCGAGGUCGAGAGUGACUUCACGAUUAACCGAUGCUGCUCGACAAUUGUCACCGAUAAUACCGAAGAGGAGGAGACGCUCGAGAAAGAAAUGGGAAGCGAAAUUCUUAUUACUGCUGAGAAUCUAUUGGUCUAUCGAGAAGUCUUCUACGUAAGAAUCCAUUGCCUACUGUGCGACACUGUCAACCGAAUCUGCGCCGCUAUCGACACACAUGACUACUUCAAUAAAGAUUCGAAUCGUUGAUAAU